AUGGGAAUUGCAAAUGCAAAUUAUGAAUUUAUUUAUGUAGAUAUUGGAACAAAUGGAUGUAUUUCUGAUGGAGGUGUAUUACAAAAAACUACAUUCUUUCAAAGAUUGAAUUCCAAGCGCUUAAAUCUUCCUAGCCCCAGAAAACCAAGCGGUCAUUCAGAAGAAUUGCCUUAUGUAUUUAUUGGCGACGUGGCUUUUGCUUUGAGGACAGAUUUUAUGAAACCGUACCCACAAAGACAAUCACAGGCUAGCUCAAGUAAGAGGAUAUACAAUUAUAGAGUAUGCAGGGCUAGAAGAAUUAUAGAAAAUGUUUUUGGAAUUCUGGCGGCAAGAUUCCACAUUUUUCGAUCGCCUAUAAAUACCAGUGUGCACAAUAUUAACAAAAUAGUUUUGGCAUGUUGUGUAUUGCACAAUUUUUUAAGGAAGAAAUUAAGACAAGCUUACAGUCCACUUCAGCACUUAGAUAGUGAAAAUCACGAAAAUGGAACUAUUGAAUUGGGGCUGAGACCACAAAAUGGAGAAUUACAGUCACUACAACAAACACAUAGUCGUAACCCCACUCAAAAUGCAAAAAUUAUCAGAGAAAAGUAUGAAACCUACUUUAAUACUAGUGGUGCAGUGUCAUGGCAACAAAGAAUGAUAUAA